AUGGCAUCAUCUUCAGCAGAGAUCGUAGCGAAUAUCGAAGAGCUCCUCAGGCAGAUCCUCAUAUCGACACCGGCUCUAUCCCUGAUCCGCUUUAAGUGUGUCUCCAAGCACUGGCUCUCUCUCAUCUCCGACCCCGAUUUUCGUUGCUGCCACAAUCUCCAAAACCCUAAUCCCAGCAUCUCCGCUUUCUUCUCACCCCGAACCAAACAAGGCACCAUCAACUCAGUCGGCAUCUCGGCUGGUAAUCCCUUUAAAGGUCUCACCAGCUCCGCUACCAGGCUAAGGAUUCUUCAGUCUUGCAAUGGCCUCUUCCUCUGCUCUGUUGAAGCCUCCGAAGAAGAAACAAACAGUCAUCCCCGGGUAUAUGUUGUCAAUCCCACGACGAACGAAUUCCGGGCUAUCUCUGCUCCAAGCCUUAUGAACAAGGAGCAGAUCUGUGAUAUGUUUGUGAGGUAUGGCUUAGUUUUCGAUCCUUCGGAAUCGCCUCAUUACACGGUGGUGUGUGUGAGUCAUGACAAAAACUUCGACGAGUGCCACCAGAUUGAGAUAUACUCGUCCGAGACCGGAACUUGGGGUAGGAGUUUCGAGAUUCCUUUCAAUGAGGACGAGGAGGGCUGGCAUCUCGACGACGGGAGCAGAGAAGGGGCCGUGUAUUGCAAUGGCGCAAUUCAUUGGAUACGGGACAAAAGGAGGGAAGAUCACUUUCCGUUUUUUGAGGUUGAAAUUGCUAAGAUGGCUAGAUAUCAGAACUCAGUUGUGUUGCAUUACUAUGAUAUAGGUGAUGAGAGUCUGUGGUUCACUGCUACUACUCCUCCUGUUCCUUUGGUUGUGAAGAACUUUCGGUUGAAGAAGAAGCACCAACUUCCCAAAUUGAUCCAUAACUUUCAGUUGAGAGAGAAGAAGCACAACUAUCCCGAAUUGAUCCAUAGAUACUUUGGGAAAUCCAGUUAUGGUUGUUUGUAUAUGAUUGAGAUUUUUAAGCAGUGCAAGACUCAAUUUGAUGUGAUGGAGAUGGAGAGUGAUUACUCUGGCUGGUUUGUCAAGUCCCAUGUUGAGACGCAAAGGGAAAAGGCAAGGCAAUCUGUUCAGGCAGCGAGUACUCAGGGCCGACGGGUAGGUCAUGGAAGAGGCCAAGACCCCACCAUCAGGUUCCGGCAAGGGCGACACCCCUAG